AUAUCUCGAUUUGGCCGGAAUUUUACGAAGUUUUCGCAGUCACAACAUGGCGAAUUCUUUGCUGCAGCUGGGCUUGCUUUUAAUCACAGCUCUCUACGCAGGAUUCCUACCGAUAGAAACCUCUGCACAAACGCAGAUUUGUUCAUAUUUUGGUAUGAAUUAUUGAUUUUAAUAUCUUGCUGCUUCUAUCUUUUCAGAGAGGGUUUAGAACGACGCGUUUGUGAUUUCCUUAAGCUAUCAUUUAAGCUUAAUACAUUUGAGCUUUCAAUGUGUAUAUCGAAUGGAUGUGGAAGAAAGGUUUAACUUCAGCUUUCUUUUGUCAAAAAGCUAAAAAAAUUCAUUAUUAUUCGCAUGAUUUAAACAGGAAACAGGAUAGGAUGAAUAAUAUCACCAGUUUGUUACUACGUCACUCGAACUUCUGCUCGAAGUCACGAUUUCGUUUUCGGGGAAUUCCCCAGAUACGGAAUGUGUCGAAUAUGCUACAGUGUAUUUAUCUUUUGGGGUGUAAACAAUCGUGCAUAAUCUCAUUUACGUACUGAAUACUUUCUCAGAUAAUUUAUUGUCAAAUACCGACAAAACUCAAUUUUAGCUGAAUUUAAUUUUGUUUACAUGAAUAGCUUGUUGUUGAGUCUGCAAAAACUGCUGUGGCCAUAAUAUUAGCCAAAUUUUCAGUGAAAAUCCCCAAUUUUUUAACCUUAACAAAAAAACUUCUAGACUUUUUUUAAGGUAUUCUUUUUGCAGGUAGAAUUGACCUUUUUUCCAUUGCUGAGGACAUAUGGGCAAAACAAAAUAAUCAUGAUUUUAUUGUGUGUGUUCACUCAAGUGGAAUGUGGGAAAGGCCCAGGGAAGUGGGUACUCUAGGAAUUUUUAGGUGGGGGUGUGCCACUGGGACUGUGUAAGCGUGAGCCUAUACCAGACCUAGUUGCCUUUCUAUCCUAGACUCACAAUUUUCCCGGUUUCCCUGGUCUAACAUCUUUAACUGACUGAUCAGUUUCCUCCAUAAUGCUACCCUGCAUCUAUCCUAGACCCAAACCUUUAGAUUUCUGUACCCCAUACUAGACUAAACUGCUUGAAAACCCUUUCUUUCACAGCAGCACAUACCCAUAGGGCCCAUAUAAGGCAGUGCCCCCUUCGCCGGGGCAAAAGUCGAAAGCCAGUUGAAUGUACCAUAAUUUUACAUAAGCUUUUAAUACAGCAUUGAGAAGAGCCCUACUCUAAAUGCCAUGUGGAAUAGAUUUUCCACAUUUUGCCACAAUGAACACUCUCAGUGAAAUAGGGUCGAGGCCACCGUUUCAUUCACAUCACUGUGUCUUGUAACCUUAAGCCCUGGUGGAAUUUGGUAUGAAAUUGACGGGGAUGCUCAUUGAAAAAUUAGGCUAUUUUACCCCUAAAAGCAGACACGGAUCCAGGAUAAAUACUGACCGAUUUCCAGAACGAGCCCCAAGGCGCAAGCUUCUAUUUUUUGGAUUUUAACUCCUUAAAGUCCCCAUUCCUGGGUUUCUGAGUCACUCAGACAGGAUAUUGGCCAGAUUUAAACUUGGAAAGUGAAUUCUGUUUUUGAAAAUAUAUUUAUUGUGAAAAAUCUGACUGAUUUCCGUAAAACGGAAGAAACCGGUGUGGAUCCGUGCCUGAAAAGAUACUAAUCUAGGCAUGGCUGAGGCUUUUUUUGCUCAUCUUUUAACAAGUAUGACUGUAUUUGUUUUAUUUUUAUUUAGGUGUAUUUUUAUUUGUAACCCGAAGCAAUUCCUUAUUGGCUAAAAACAUUGGUCUUCCAUCCUGAAUACCCUAAAUGAAACCAAAAUCUGCAAUUUCUACAGCUUAGUGAGACAGCAACCGUCUUGAUCAAUUUUUAUGGGAGUAGCCCCUUACCCCAAGCUUCCGGUUAGUGCCUUUGUUCAUCAGACUGGGAUCAAUUUUUUUGUGCUUUUAAUUAUGAUCAGGGGCACCCAACGACUCUUUUCUGUAAAAUAACUGUUCAAGGCAGCAAAUAUUGCCUAGAAAUUUCUGAAGCUCGAAAAAGGCCAAAAAUUUCUGGAUAGCCGUUCCAGUUGCCUAAGAUGUUUGGAGUUUUUCUACUUUGUUACCUUUGAUUUUCGAAGGUUGUGUUCUUCACAUUUUAUUACCAAGAUAUUGAGAAUGGUGCUUAAAAAAACGUCUCCUGAAUAUUUCAGUAUAAAGACAAAGCACCCCUAGAAUUUUCUAAUGAUAGUACUGCUACUCCAUUUCCUCGAACUUUCAGUUGGACCCAUCAGGAAAGCUAAUAGUUUUGGAUGAGAGAAAAAAUCCACCAAAAACUUUCGAAAUGACCAAAGUUCCACUAAGACAGCAGAACAGAUAAAUAGUUUUUAGGGCAGCUCCAAAUUAACCAAACAGGCCUCUAAAGUACAGAGAAAAUCAUUUGAGAUACUUCUGACAUAUUUGGAAACAUUAUUUUGGUUGUUGUUUGCCCCUGUAUGAUUUUAAUAUCAAAUCUGACCCAAUUUGUAGGUACUCAAAGGAGGCCGAAAGAGGCUUACAGCCUCUCCAACUGCACCUGGUUCAGGGAGCGCUCUUGCUGCACAAGAACGGAGGUAACAUCAACAUUUGCUGGGAUGCCACAUCUUGAUACCUCAAGUGAUGAAUGCCGCAAUCACUUGAACUACAUGAUGUGCUAUUUCUGCAGUCCAGACCAAUACCUUUGGUUUCGACAAGACAAACUACAUAUCUGCAAGAGCUUCUGCGAUGAUGUCUACACACACUGCAAGGAUGCAAAAUACAAUGGAAAAAAGAUUGGUUCAGCAUACUUGGAUGGUGGCGACUUCUGCAAGGGGCAGUCCUUCAGUGUCUUGGAUGAGGAUAGUGACCUGUGUUUCAAAUAUGAUCAAACAUUGUUUGGAGCUGCGUCAUUGCUACUCCCACAUGUGCACAUUGUGGCAUUGUUGCUUGUUUUAGGCCUGACAAACUAUUUUCCCUGGACUUGAUGUACUCCCUUCAUUUUAUUCACUUUAUUUGAGAACAUUGUAUAUUCAGAUGUAUAUUAUAAACUCUAUAAAAAAUGUAAUUGGCUAACAUAGAAGCAAAAAUUAUCCGUGAUGCCCAAAUUCUUUAUUCAAAGUAAUUACCACUAAGGAGACUAGCCUGCGUGGCAGGCGUUUGAAAGGGAAGGGAAAGGGAGUUUUGGGAAAGGGAGUUUUAGGCGCGAGAGAAAUGCGAGGGGCGCGCGAGGAAAGAGGGAGGGAAACCCCCUCCUCCCUCCUCCCUCGCGCGUGGUCUCGCGCCCUAAUUCCCUUCCCCUUCCCUUUCGAACGCCUGCCACGCAGGCCAUAAGGAGACCUGAUAAUAAAGCAAUAAUUAUGGUAUAUUUUUAUUAACUUUGAGCUUAAACUUCAAAUUGUGAAAAGAAGCAACUUUUGUUGAAAGUCUGUUGAAAAAAAUCAUGUCUACAUUACAAUUAUAGAUGAUUCUCAAGCAUUGUAGACAUGUCCGACGUCAUUCAUGUAAUAAGUUGAAGCAAACUUGAAAACAGUGGGCUGCCAUCCAAGUCUACCAGAAAGCAAUCCUUUUUAAUCAUCCUUCAGUCUUAACCUAUUUACACUAUUGUAUCAGGAGCCGAUUACUCCUGAUUGUAUGAGUUUUCUAUUUCUCUUGUGUUGUUCUACAGCUUGAAUAUUUCAGUCAGUUUUGUGUGUUGUAACUUGAGCAUGCACAAAACAAAAACAAGGGCUCC